AUGAUUAACACGAAAAGUUCAUCGUUGGAGUGCGAUGAAAUCGUUGUUGUAAGGGACGGAAAUAAGAUGGAUAUCGAAUUGGAAGCAAACGAUCAACACAGUAAAGAAUCAUUUGCUGAUUUCUUCAAACGACAAAUGAGAAAUGUUUUGCAUUUCUUAGUGGAAGAUUGGUGUCUCUCAGCGAUGCUUGGCAUUAUAACAGCUAUAUUAUCCGUUGUGAUGGAUAUUUGCAUCGAAAAAUUACAAUAUAGCCAUGUGGCUUUCUACGAGGCCCUUCGAAUACAUUGGCACCAUUACUUGGCUUUGUUACAUUGGCUUUUACACGUCGUUUUAUUAACAUUUCUUUCGGCUGCUGCUUGUUUAUGGAUUUCUAAGCAAGCCGUUGGUUCAGGUAUACCGGAAGUCAAAGUAAUAAUGCAUGGAUUUAAAAUGGAAAAUUAUCUUACUGUUCGAACACUUAUUGCAAAAAUGAUUGGAUUAACAUUAGCAAUUGGUAGUGGCCUACCAAUCGGAAAAGAAGGACCAUUUGUACAUAUGGGUGCUAUUGUAGCAACUAUUUUGAGUAAAGUGACUACCAGUUGUCAUUAUACAGAAUUUUUUUCAAAUGAAGGUCGAGAAAUGGAAAUGCUCUCUUCCGGUUGUGCUGUUGGCAUUGCAUGUACAUUUUCAGCUCCUGUCGGAGCAGUAUUGUAUGCAAUCGAAUCCACAUCGAAAUAUUUUGCUGUGAAAAAUUAUUGGCGUGGUUUUCUGGCUGCGACUUGUAGUGCGAUUGUUUUUCGAUUUGCGAAUUUCUUCGUUACUGCGGAACAAUCUGGAACCAUAAUGGCUUUUUAUCAGACAAGUAUUCCAACUGAGUCGUUUUUGGUAGAAGAAUUGCCGAUAUUCGCAUUUUUAGGAUUACUUGGUGGUUUAUUUGCGGCACUAUUCAUUUUCACUCAUAGGCAAAUAACUUUGUUCCGCCAAAGCAACACUAUCUACAGGAUGAUCUUUCGAAAAAACUUUUUUGCAUUCACAAUUUUUAUGGCAUUAGUUGUUGGUAUACUUACGUAUCCGGAAGGUUUCGGUCGUUAUAUUGCCGGACAACUGACGUUUCGUGAAACUAUGGUUGAUUUUUUUAACAACUGUACAAUGCAUAUUACAAAUACCAGUAAACAGCCGUGUAGUGAGAAGCUCCUUCAACAUUGGACCGGUGUCGCUUUCGGAAGUCAAAUAACCAUAUUUCAUUCACUCACGUGCUAUUUAAUCACUUACUUCUUUCUAGUAGCAAUUUGUAUAUCCAUCAAUGUCCCAGCAGGUGUUUUUGUGCCAUCGUUUAUAAUUGGAGCAGCCGGUGGUCGUUUAGCUGGUGAAGUAAUGGCAUUUUUCUUUCCAGAUGGUCUUCGUGGAUCAAAUGGGCCGCUUAUUUUUCCUGGACUUUAUGCGAUUGUUGGUGCAGCAGCUUAUACAGGUGCAGUAACACAUACACUUUCUGUAGCAGUAAUUAUAUGCGAGCUUACGGGGCAGCUUACUCCAUUACUACCUGUUCUGAUAGCAAUGCUGGUGGGUAAUGCAGUUUGCAAAUUUUUACAACCUUCCAUUUAUGAAAGUAUUAUUCGAAUCAAGAAAUAUCCCUAUCUACCGGAUUUACCACCUUCUAGAAUCAGUGUGCAUGCGAUAAAAGUGGAACAAAUUAUGGUUAAAGAUAUUAUUUAUAUUACAAAAUCGACAACUUACAGAGAGCUCAGCAAAAUAUUGCAUUUUGCGCCAACGCUUAAAAGUUUCCCUGUUGUUACUGAUCGAAAAUACAAAAUAUUGCUUGGAUCUGUAGCCAAAAAAUAUUUGGCUAUAAUAAUGAGGCGGCAAUUGAUUGAUGCGGAAUGCAGUCCGCUUUCUAAUAAGAAAACUGCUGGAGAGAUUUUCAACAGCAUAAAAAAAUCAUCAUUACGAUUAUCAAGAAGAAAACGAGAAUACCAAAAUCGAGGAAAUGGAGCAGCAUUGUUGGAACCGAAUGCGAAGAACUCGUCAGAUGAUGGCUCGAUCACCGGCAAUACAUUACUUUUAAUUUCACCUCUUCAUGGUCCACAUGAUUUGCCAUUGUCAGCGAUAUUUGUAAAACCAACAAGUGAUGAACUAAAGAAAAGGGCAAACGUGAGCAAAGAAAGCUUGUUAGAUCAAGUAAUAGAUCUGGAUGAAGUGGCUAUCGAUUCUGCUCCAUUUCAACUUGUUCUCGGUUCAUCACUAUACAAAGUGCAUAUGUUAUUUUCGUUGCUUGCACUAUCUCACGCAUAUGUUACCGAUCGCGGGCGACUAGUUGGUGUUAUCGCUUUGAAAGAGUUACGUGAUGCUCUAGCAAAUAUAUAUGUUCGUGGUGCAGUAGCGGUUAAUUCGCAGCGGAAACUAACCACUAGCCAGUCAUUGCUGUCACGAAAAUUAGAUGAAUAA